AUGCCCGACGCCUUCUUCCAGAAGAAGCGCAAGCGAGCUCCCUCGGCGGGCGGCGGCGGCGCCGAUGUCAGGUCCGCAUCGUCCCCGCGCGCCGGCCCCAGCUCGUCGCGCCGCCACACGGCCACCCUCUCGGCCCACAAGCGCGCCAACCGCAAGCGCCAUGACGACGACAACGACUCCCCCGACAACGACGACGAGGGCCUCGACACCAUGGACCUCCAGCACCGCUACGACCAGGGGCCAGACAGCGAAGACGAGGCAGAAAGGGCAGAGACGGCCGCAGAGGCCAGGGUCAGGCUCGCACGCCAGUACCUCGACGGCCUUCGCGCCGCAGACCACCCCGACGACGACGGCGCAGACGCCGCCGCCGCGGACCGCGACAACAUCGCCGCACGCCUCCAAAAGGACGUCGCAGAGCUCAGCGGAAAGAUGCACACCUUUGUCGCAAACCGCCUCGUCGCACCCACCGGCGCCGACCGCGUCCUCCUCGGCGUGCGCGGACACCGCCUCAGCGUCACGGCCGCCGUCGCAUCGAGCGACGCCACCAGCCUCUUUACCGCGGGCAAGGAGGGCUCCAUCAUCCGCUGGAGGCUCACCGACGGCAAAAUGGUCCGAGUGCUGCCCAAGCGCGCCAAGCGCCUCGACCAGGACGGCAGGCCGCUUCCGCCCACCAAGUCGCACCGCUCAAAGACGAGCGGCGCAGCCAGGAGGAGGGAGAGGAUGACAAAGGCCAAGGGCAAGGCGCGUGCCACCGACGGGCCACACGGCGGCGCGGAAGGGGGCGGGGGCGAGGGCGAGGUUGAGGGCGGGGACGGUGACGAGACGAGCCGCGGCGCAACGGUGGGCGGCUACCUCGAUGUGGGCGAGGGCGAGGGGCACACGGACGAGAUCUGGGCGCUGGCCGUCAGCGGCGACGGCAAGUACCUGGCGUCGGGCGGCAAGGAUCGGCGCAUCGGCAUCUGGUCGCUCGGCGACGACGACGAGGCGCGGCACGCGGGCGGCGCCGAGCGGUGGCUCAAGGCGCUCGGCGGGCACAAGGACUCGAUCAGCGCCCUCUCGUUCCGCCCGUCGAGCUCGGAGCUCUACACGGCGUCGUUUGACCGCACGCUCAAGCUCUUUGACGUGUCGCAGCUGAGCUACAUCGAGACGCUCUUCGGGCACCAGGAGUCGAUCCUGUCGAUGUCGUGCCUGCGCGCCGAGACGGCCGUGAGCGCCGGCGGGCGCGACCGGACGUGCCGCUUCUGGAAGAUCCGCGACGAGAGCCAGCUCGUCUUCCGCGCCGGCGCCAAGAGCAGGCUGCGCGAGGUGCUCGAGGGCGGCGACCUGGCGCGGCUCGAGGAGCGCGAGCGCGACGACGAGGAGCAGCAGCGCCGCCGCGGCGUCAAGGAGUCCGAGGUGCGCGCCAAGGCCGCCGAGCUGGUCGAGGGCAGCGUCGACUGCGUCGCCAUGGUCGACGAUGCCCACUUUCUCAGCGGCGGAGACAGCGGCUCGAUUUCGCUGUGGGACCUGGCGAAAAAGAAGCCCGUCUUUAGCGUCGCCGCCGCCCACGGCUUCCACGACGUCGUGAGCGAGACCGAGGGAAAGAUCCAGACGCCGCGCUGGAUCACGAGCCUCGCCUGCCUGCCCUACGGCGACGUCUUUGCAAGUGGUUCGUGGUCCUCAGAGAUCCGGGUCUGGGCACUCGACAGCCGUCUUCGAUCCUUUAGCGCCCUCUUCCGCAUCCCAGCGAUCGGGUUCAUCAACUCGCUGCAACUCGUCCAGCCUCCGCCCUCUUCGCUCUCGAUCGACGCCGAAACGGGACGAAAGACGAGCGGGAUCAUCCUUCCGGCGCUGUGGAAACGCCGUGACGGUCUCUCGUCGUCGUCCUCGUCCUUGGUGCCCGUCGACGACGAGGAGGGUGACUCUGAAACCAUCGAGGAUCCCGAAGAGCAGGAGGGGGAGGGGGAGAGGGGGAUGGUGAGGGGGAGCAAGGAGAGCGUCCCGCCCUUUUUGGUCGCUGCCAUCGGCCAGGAGCCCAAGUUUGGACGGUGGUUCAAGAUCAAAGAGGCAAAGAAUGGCGCCCUCGUCGUGCCGUUUGCCUUUGAAGCCUAA